UUUCCCUUUCCCUCUAUAAAAUUUCAUUUUCCCACACAAUAUUUCCUCUCCCAAUUUUCUCAUUUUGAUUCCUCUUUAUCUUACUCGUAUUAUCCCAAAAUUAUUGUAAUACGGACCACGUGGAAGAGGAAGAGACAUUAGGGAUCUAACAAUGAAGAAGUUAUUGGAGCUCAAAUCCCUUCAUCUUCUUCAUUCUCUCUUCCGAUCUUUGUAACCUGCGACGAUCGUCCUCAUGGUCCAUCUUGUAUAUAUGUCACUCCUCCUCAAACCGCCACCCAAGAGACCCUUGAAGCUCUUUUUUCUCAGGCAAGAGAUGCAUAUUAUAGAGGAGAUACUUUGAUAGUUGAUGACAUGUUUGAUAUAGUUAAGUGGAUUUUUUUCUUGAAAAGACGAAAGCUGACAUAGGUACUUUUUCACAAUGGAAUAUAACCAGAACUUACCGAGGAACACCAUGAUUAGUUACUGACUAGCCUGCCAGCUGUUGAAUCUGUACUUGAGGUAAUGAUUAAAUAAAUACCCUGAAUUUUGGCUUCAUUUAGAUCACAACUUUGGUUAGAUUUUUCUCAGAUCAAUUAUUUCUUUAUUUGAAUUGACAUGAUGAUCUUUGUUUUAGAGUAGAGAAGUAUGCUAUGGAAAUAGAAAAAUUGGAAAAAAGAGUGUACUGAAAUAGAAAGUUCUAUUUGCUUAGAAUCAAAAUCAAUAACUAAGGAUCAUCUUUUGUCAGCUUUCAUGAAAUUCAUGCAGUCCAUUGAUCUUUUGAAAAGGGAAGGUGGAAUGUCUUCUCUUCAAUCAAGAUAUCAUGGGAAAAACAGUACUAUACUCUUAGGUGAGCUAGAGGAGGAGAGGGAGAAAGUACUAACAAUUCUAAAUAUUGCUUUAAGUUCAUUUUAUAAUGACGUUAAAAAUAGAAUACUCAAUAUAUAUAGUGAUUUGUCUGGAGGAAGAAAUCAAUACAAUAUGCUGCGGAAUGAUUCUGGAACUAUUUUUGCUUGGUUUGAAGAACAAGUAGAAAAAUGUAAUCUCCUGACAGAGUUUGUCAAUGAUCUACGGCAUUUUAUUGGAAAUGAUAUCCAUUCUAUUGAUACAAACAACGAUAAUUCCAAGUUUUCUUCUGAAAGUAAUUGGGUUUCCAUUUUCAAAACCAUUUUGAUGUCCUGUAAGGGAUUGAUUAGUCAAAUGACUGAAGUUGUUCUGCCCGAUGUGAUACAAUCAGCAGUUUCAUUAAAAUCAGAAGUUAUGGAUGCAUUUGGGUUGAUCUCACAAGUUCGAGGGUCUAUAGAAACUGCACUGGAACAGGUUGUGGAGGUUGAAAUGGAGAGAGCAUCACUGUUUGAACUUGAGCAGAAUUAUUUUGUUAAGGUUGGUCUUAUUACUGAGCAGCAGUUGGCUCUUGAAGAAGCUGCAGUUAAGAGCAGAGAUCAUCUUUCAUGGGAAGAGGCAGAGGAACUUGCAUCUCAAGAAGAAGCUUGUAGAGCACAACUUGACAAACUUCAUCAAACAUGGAGUCAGAGGGAUGCAAGGACUUCUUCACUUAAAAAGAGAGAAGCUGAUAUUAAAAAUUCUCUGGUUUCGGUGAAUAGUCAAUUUCGAUCUCUAGUUGGUGUGGAAGAAGAAAGCGAACUACAUAUUUUGAGAAGAUAUUUUAAGUGAAUGUUAAACUAUUAUAUUGAUUAAUCGUAACUGUCAUAUUUUGAAUUGUGUUUGACUUCUUAGUCGUUAAUGUUAAACUAUUAAAAAUUACAAUGUAUAAGAUCGUUAUGUUAUUUACUUAUGUUUAUGUUGACUAGUACCAGUGCUACACAUUACUACAUUACAGUAUAGCGUUUUAUCCUUUCUAUCCAAG